GCCGCAAAGACACACCGCCGCCGCCGCCGUCGACGAGCCCCAUCUCGGCAAGAUGAAGACGAUCCUGGCGUCGGAGACGAUGGACAUCCCGGAGGAAGUGACGGUGAAGGUGUCGGCGAAGAUGAUCUCGGUGACGGGGCCGCGGGGCACGCUCACCCGCAACUUCAAGCACCUCAACCUCGACUUCCAGCUGCAGGAGGGCGGCCGGAAGCUCAAGGUGGACGCCUGGUUCGGGACCCGCCGCACCAUGGCCGCCAUCCGCACCGCCAUCUCCCACGUCCAGAACCUCAUCACCGGGGUCACCAAGGGCUUCCGCUACAAGAUGCGGUUUGUGUAUGCCCAUUUCCCCAUCAACGCCUCCAUCAACUCCGGCAACAAGGGGAUCGAGAUCAGGAACUUCCUCGGCGAGAAGAAGGUAAGGAAAGUUGACAUGCUUGAUGGUGUCACUAUCCUGCGGUCUGAGAAGGUCAAGGAUGAGAUCGUCCUCGAUGGCAAUGACAUCGAGCUUGUCUCGCGCUCUGCUGCCCUGAUUAACCAGAAAUGCCACGUGAAGAAGAAGGAUAUCAGGAAGUUCUUGGACGGUAUCUACGUCAGCGACAAGGGUGCCAUCAAGGAAGAGUAGAAGUGCGACCUGUGUGCAACCGUUUGUAGCUGGUAGUAGAAACUGUACUAAGAGGGAAUAUCCUGAGCUUUUAUUUCUUUGAGUGAAUGACAAGUUCAUUACAAUCUGUACCUGCUCCAUUAAGGAUGGUGUUCUGUUACUGGAGAUGUGUUCCCUAUGUUUUUUGUUCUGCGAAAUGUUGGAUAAGCAAGACUUCUAAUCUAUGAUGCGGUUGUUGCUCGUUUUCUUA